AUGGCUCCUCUCACUCCCCAUUGGCACCAACCCUCUCACCCCGACAUCCAAGAAGUCGUCAUCGUGAACCCCGAGGAAUUCACCACCAAGAGCAUCUCGCGCGUUUCUCUCCCCCCUUUUGCAGUUUUCGCAAAGUUCGACUUCCCUCCCUGCACGCCCGCCAGCGAACCGACCUACGCUACCGUUCAGACCGGCCGCGACACUCAUCUCAACUUGAACAGUGACCUGCUGUACAUUAACCAUUCUUGCGAACCUACUCUCCUCUUUGAUGUAGGAAACUUGAACAUUCUCGUGGGACCCAAGGGUCUCAAGGUUGGCGAUGAGCUUACAGUUCGUUAUUCUCCCCACUCGAAUCUCAGGUUCAAUGGCUCACAAGACGUCCAGUUCUUCUAUCCCUCCACCGAAUGGCAUAUGGCCCAGCCCUUCGACUGCCUCUGCGGCACUCCCUCUUGCCGCGGCCGAAUCUCCGGUGCUCGCGACAUGACCCAAGCCCAGCUCGACGGUAUCUGGCUCAACGGACACAUCAUCCAGCUCCGUGCCGAGCAGCUCGCCCGCUCCGAGGAUCCCACUGCAACCGCCCUCCGCGACGCCGUUGUCCACGCUGAGAAGGUCCUUGAGUCCGCUCGUCUUGCUCUUCGUUCUUACACGAGCAACGCGCACGCUCAGAACGGAAAUGGCACUUAUCCUUCCAAGUACACCAACGGAACUCUUGGAAAGGCUGCUGCGCUGGAGCAUCGCGGCCCGACCUCUCGUGAGUUGAGCGGUGAGAUGGGUGGUGAUACUGUCCGCGUUUAG